CACUCAAGACAUUCUUUACCCGUUAGUGCUACGCUAGCUAUGGCGCUUCGCGUUGACGAGAGAGCCCACCGUCCGUUUUCUCACUUCUCAGAUAUAUAGAUAGUCGUGGAUUUUGAAAAUAAUAGAUUGCUUAUUUCAAUACACCAAGUCCAACGCCUUAUCUUCAUCUCGAAGUCGAUCCCGGUGAACACAAAGCCGCCUUCACUCCUCUCUUCUUCGAUUUUAUCUCUGCGAUUCAUUCUUCCAAGCCCUAAUUUCAGUCAUUCGGAUCACUUGAUUGUAUCUCCAUCUCUGUAUCUGAAUCCGUCACCUGAUCAUUUUCUGCAACUACUUUUUUUUUUCCUUCCCGGAUUAAGAACCCUAAUUUCUGCUUCUUUUCUAGUUCCAUGGAUAUGAUGUUUAUGCGUUUUAUCUGGAUUUAGCGUCUGAGGGACAAGUAAAGUACUUGAUAGAAGAAGAAGAGAUACUAGUUUUUGUCAAAUGUCGGUGGAGAGGUCGUUUGAAGCAUGGGAAGAGAUGCAGCGCCAUGGACACGAUUUGGCGGAUCGGCUCGCGCAGGGCUUCUCGGGGUUGCUUCAAUCUCACAUAAAUACUCCCUCAUUCACGUGGCCAAGUCCGCAUAAAGCGAAGCUAUUUGAUGUUGAAUUCCCAUCUCAGAGUUUUGGGAAGAGGGAUUUUGGACUAGCUGUGGAUAACUCUGCUAUCAGUGGGGUUUCCGCGAUCUUUGAUAUUGGAAAUAGAUUAGGCCAAGCUGGGGCUGAGUUUGGGGCUUGCUUGAAUGACGUCGUGCAUCAGUUUUUUCGGAGGUUGCCGGUGCCAUUUCGGCAAGAUGAGAACGAGGCAGUAUCUCUCAGGGUAGAUUUGGGUAGCCAAAGAAGAGAAAUUGUUCUGGAUAGGCAAAAAGAAGAGAUUGAAUCACUUGCAGAGCAGUUUAGGGAUUAUGGAUUUGCAGAGAACAAUGGUGCAUCGGAUGAAUUACCAGAUGAAGAAAGAUUACUCUUGAAUCUAAAAUCCUCUGGACGCUUUGAAAAACCACAGGCAAGCAUUAAUGUUACAUCAACAUAUGACAGUAGAACGCAUGAUGUUGAAAGUUCUUUAAUUGCAAGGGGGGACCUGUGGAGAGCAGAAGUAUCACAUGGAGGUUCCAGUUCGGGGAAUGAGAAUUCACCUCUCUUCCUUAUUCAACUUGGACCUGUCCUGUUUGUUCGCGAUACAACACUUCUUCUGCCAGUUCACUUAUCAAAGCAGCACUUGAUUUGGUAUGGGUAUGAUCGCAAGAACGGAAUGCAUUCUCUAUGUCCAGCUGUCUGGUCAAAGCAUAGAAGGUGGCUGUUGAUGUCAAUGAUCUGCCUCAACCCAUUGGCUUGUUCCUUCAUGGAUUUGCAGUUUCCAAAUGGGCAACUUACUUAUGUAGCUGGUGAGGGGCUAACUACUAGUGCUUUCCUACCUGUUUUUGGUGGUUUGCUUCAAGCUCAAGGUCAAUACCCUGGGGAAAUGAAAUUUAGCUUCUCUUGCAAGAAUAAGUGGGGAACUCGCAUUACACCAGUGGUUCAAUGGCCUGACAAAUCAUUUUCAGUGGGUCUCGCACAAACCUUAGCCUGGCAGAGAUCCGGUCUCAUGGUGAGACCAACCAUACAGUUCAGCUUAAGCCCCACAUUUGGUGGAAGCAAUCCUGGUUUGCGAGCAGAAUUCAUUCACUCUGUGAAGGAGAAACUGAGUCUGAUAUUUGGUUGUGCUUGUACAACUCAUCCAUCUGCAUUUGCUUCGAUAUCUAUUGGCAAGUCUAAGUGGAAUGGCAAUGUUGGCAGAUCCGGAAUAGUUCUUAGAGUUGAAACCCCUCUUGGAACUAUUAGCACACCUUCCUUCUCAGUUCAGCUGAAUAGUGGUAUUGAAUUUUGAUCUUUUUGGCCUUGUGCUGAGCACGCAAGUGUACAUAGUCAAUGCGUGUGAUGUAGCAUAUAUGUGAAUAUUUUCAAUGUGUUUCAGAUAACUCUUUAGUUGUUCUAACUUCUAACAUCCAUAUUAUCGCUGGCUGGAGUUAAUGGCUUGGCAAAACUUGGAAACAAUGUGAACCGCUUUGUUGCUUGAAGAACCAUGAUUGUUUUGCAGAGCCUUUAAUAUGCUUCAAAACCACCCGACAGUGGAGAGGCAUGGAGAUAUCUAAUGGUGGCAAUACUUUGAUUGCGGCAUAAUCAUGGCUGCGAGUUUUGAACUUUAUUAUUCAACAAUUGUAGAGAGUUUUCAAUCAGAGUGAAAAAUGGGCAUAUGCUUCUUUUGGUGUAA